GUGGAGAAUCCGUUACUCACGCCAUUUGUAUGUUUUCUGGCGCCUGCAAUCAGAGAGAGAGAGAGAGGGAGGGAGGCAAAUAACACGUUUUUGAAGCGAUUCCACGUUUAACUGUUAAUCCUCCCUCUUUUCUCAAAUUUGAAGACCAUUAAGAAAAAACGCAAAAACUGUUAGGGUUUCCCCUGAACCGGUUUCUGUGUAAAACCUUUCCGUGAAGGCGAAACCCGUCCUCGUUCUCUUUUCUUCGCAACAUUCUGCUUUUCCCCCACUUUCCCCCUAAUUCUACGCUCUUCACCAACUAAUUAUUUAUGCAGGUAAAAUUCACGCAGUUUAAGGGUGAAAGUUAACCAAAUAAAGGAAAGGAUUUUGCAAUGUUGCAUUCCCAAACAUCUCCAAAAGCCAUUUCUUAUUGAGAUAUCAAUUGGAGUAUUGUUCUUUCAGGUGAUGGAUAGAUUUUGAUGUCUUAUGCCUUUUUCUUGGGUAAUUAGAUCUGUCAAGUUUGCCUUAGUAGGCAGAGAUGGACCUCGCUGCUCUUUUGACUUCUGCUGGAAUGAAUAUUACUGUGUGCGUGGUGCUCUUUUCACUCUACUCUGUGUUAAGGAAACAGCCCAGCAAUGUCAAUGUGUACUUUGGAAGAAAGCUAGCUUCUCGCCGUUCAAAAAGCCAUGAUGUUUGUUUGGAAAGAUUUGUCCCCUCUCCUACGUGGGUAAUGAAAGCAUGGGAAACAACUCAGGAAGAACUACUGACUAUCGGGGGCUUGGAUGCUGUGGUUUUUAGCAGGAUGGUUGUGUUCAGCAUUCGAGUUUUUUCUGUUGCUGCUGUUAUCUGUAUUGUUCUAGUGCUUCCAGUGAAUUAUUAUGGUCAGGACAGAAUACAUAAGAAUAUACCUUUUGAGUCACUCGAAGUAUUCACCAUUGAGAAUGUUAAAGAAGGAUCCAGGUGGCUUUGGGCUCAUUGUCUCGCGUUAUACAUCAUAACGUUAACAGCUUGUUCUCUUCUUUACCGUGAAUACAAGAGCAUCAGUAAUUUGCGGCUAACACAUAUUACUGCAUCACCACCAAAUCCUAGUCAUUUUGCAAUUCUUGUCCGAGGAAUACCAUGGUCUCCAGAACAAUCAUACUGUGAUACAGUGAAAAAGUUUUUCUCAUUUUACCACUCAUCAACAUAUUUGUCACACCAAAUAGUGUACAAGUCUGGUGCAGUUCAAAAACUGAAGGAUGAUGCAGAAUAUAUGUGUAAGAUGCUCAGUUCUGGUUGUGGUUCAGUGCAACCAACAUGUAAGCCAAGCUUUGCGCAAUGUUACUUCUGUGGAGGAUCCACUAAUUCUUUUAAGAUUAUUUCUAAUGAUAUUGAUAGUAUGCAUGGGAGAUCAGGCUACAGUGACCUGCAUAUUAAUGCACGAAAAAAGGAAUGUGCAGCUGCUUUUGUGUUCUUUAAAAGUCGGUAUGCUGCUCUUACGGUUGCCCAAAAUCUCCAAACAGCAAAUCCUAUGUUAUGGGUCACAGACCUAGCUCCUGAACCACAGGAUGUUUACUGGUCCAACCUUUGCAUACCAUACAGGCAACUUUGGAUCCGGAAGAUAUCUAUAUUUGCUGCUUCUAUCACCUUUGUGCUUGUAUUCCUUAUCCCUGUCACAUUCGCCCAAGGCUUGACUCAACUGGAAAAGCUUGAAAAAAUGUUCCCUUUUCUGGCAGGGACACUUCAAAAGAAAUUUGUGAUUCAGCUGGUGACUGGUUACUUGCCAAGUGUGAUUUUGGUUUUAUUUUUAUAUGCUGUUCCACCAAUGAUGAUGCUAUUUGCAACAGUAGAGGGAUCCAUUUCUCGUAGUGGAAGGAAGCUGAGUGCAUGCACCAAAGUUCUGUACUUCACAAUUUGGAAUGUGUUUUUUGUUAAUGUUUUUGCUGGAUCUGUUAUCAGCCAACUCGCAGUCUUUAGUAGUAUAACUGAACUACCUGCCCAACUUGCCAAGGCGGUCCCAGUGCAGGCUACCUUUUUCACAACAUAUGUUUUAUCAUCUGGUUGGGCUAGUCUGGCAUUUGAAAUCAUGCAACUGUUUCCCCUUUUCUGCAAUUUGUUCCAGAGAUUCAUACUUGGGUAUAAGGAGGAUACAAUGAAUGGCAACCUAACUUUUCCAUACCAUACAGAAGUUCCAAGGAUCUUACUAUUUGGAUUCCUUGGGUUCACCUGCUCUAUUCUGGCACCCCUAAUAUUGCCCUUCUUAUUGUUUUACUUUGUACUUGCCUACCUCGUUUAUCGAAAUCAGAUUCUCAAUGUAUAUAUUAGAAAAUAUGAUAGCGGGGGACAGUUCUGGCCCAUUGCUCACAACACAGCGGUGGUUUCAUUGAUCUUCGCUCAAGUAAUUGCACUCGGGGUUUUUGGACUAAAACGCUCAACAGUUGCAUCUGGAUUUACCAUUCCACUGCUGAUUUGCACCGUUCUAUUUCACCAAUAUUGUAGGCAGCGAUUUCUCCCAGUAUUCAAGAACAACGCAACACAGGUUCUUAUUGAUAUGGAUCGGAAAGAUGAGCGUUGUGGGAGAAUAGAACAGAUUUUUGAACAAUUACAUUCAGCGUACUGCCAGUUCACUAGUUCUUCUCAAUCCGAAUGUUUCAGCAGUCAUCAAGGGGAAAGGGAAAUUGUUCGAACUCCAGAAGAUGUGGAGCCAGGCAAGGAAAUUAGCCAACAAGAUUUAUCAUGGCCAGUUCAUCGUAAUUUGACUUCGGAUAAACCGGUACUUGGCGGGACGUAAUUCUAGAGGUUUUUAAGCUUGCAGAUGUUGCAAAAAUCAUCGUGAUGUGCCCCCAAAAAGAGGGGUGGUGCAUGAACAAUUGCAAUCGGAAUUCCGAAUACCUGCGAAGAAAAUGGGAAUUUGACUUUUCUCGGAAAGUUUUGUUGAGCGACAGAGUGAACAUAUCUCUUUAUGCUUUUUAUCCUAUGUUCUUUGUAAUUGUAAAUAUGCACAUUAUAAGAUAACUGUACAUACGCUCACGGGCGUGUUUGUAGAAACGUAACAGCUCCGCGUGAAUCUGUAAAAAAUCUCCAGUCACGUGUUUAGCUUCUUCGAAUGCGUAAAACGGAUGCUCUACUUAGGUUUUGUAGGAAAGAUCAACCACCAGGAUCUCACCUCCCUAUGCUCUUUAUAACGUAAAUAAAGCAUGUAUGAUAUGAUAGUUAAGGCA